ACCGUUCCGUCCCUAUGCCACCGAUCUCUCGGCCAACUACGAUUAUAAAGGGGAUCAGCCCAAGGCUCAGAGCUGCCGACUCAAGUCAGCUAUGGAGAUCAUGGACGACAACAAAGAUAGGACCAUCCAGUUGGAACGACAUUCCUUAGAACUGAACCUAGACUAUCUGGAGGGAGGGAGGGUAUGUUCUCCUUGCACUCCUAUAUCUCUGCCACAGCUGAGCCCUGACACUCCAGAGUUGGUAAAGCUAGUACUGCUGGGGGCUCCAGGAGUUGGCAAGACAUCCAUCGUACAGCAAUUCGUGUGGAACAGCUUCGUCCAGGACUACGCCCCCACCGACAGUCGUCACACCUACUACCCGACGGUGAUCGUCAACGGACGAGUGUACGAGCUGAAGAUCACAGACUUGCCAGCGGUUCCGUACUUCCCCGUGAGUUCCGUGUACGAGCUGCGAGAUUGUCCCUUAAGAGACGCCACUGCCUACAUGAUGGUGCUGGAUCUGUCAGAUCUAGAUACUUUCCGAUACCUAGAGACUGUUAGGGAACAAAUCCUCGAGAGUAGAGACUCUCUGCCCGGGCUGGUCGUCGGCAACAAGGUGGAUCUCCUGAACACCCGUGAUGACGCCUCCCUCGCCCGUCGCCGUGAUGUCAUGGACAGAGUCAAGACCCUGUGGGGAUGUGAGUACGCAGAAUGCAGCGCGAGGUACAGCUCUCUGGUUUCCCAUGUGUUCAGACAGCUCAUGGAGGCUGUGGACAGAGAAGAGACCAAUGCCUCUUCCAAUCCCUGCCCCAUGGAUGCCUUCGGUGGUUCUAAGUGUUCCAUGUUAUGAGACUGGCCGAGUAUUUAAUCAGAACAUUUGUCUGUUAUUUGAACUAAUGUAUCCACGAAGGCUAAGGUGUAGUUAAACAGAUGUUGCUGGGUUGUUGAAAUACUCUUGCAGAUGAAACAAACACAACUAUAAAACAACCUAUUACGAUUAACGUGUUGUAAUAUACACUCACUAACAAAAGUCAUAGAUAGCACAAGGUGUUAAGCUCCAUAGGCUAAUCGUCCGUGUACUUUGAAAUGGUAUUUCAUUUUUAUUGUAUACUACUCCAACACAGUUCCUAAUAUUUACCUUAAUAUUUAUUGUCCUUGUGUGCCAAAAUUAAAUUCUUAACUUUUAAAAGACCAAAAACAUAGGGACGUAAAGCUUCAAAAAGCAAGUAGAAAGUUAAGUUUUGUUUACAUAUAGCGAAAAAAGUCGUAGUAAAUACUAUAAACACUUGGAAGACUGUAACCACA